AUGAGUUGUUUGCUGGCCCCUCUCUGCCUGUUGACCCUGCUGCUGCCACCCCUCAGUUUGGGGGCCCCCUCUUCCCCAGCUGAGCCCAUCAGUCAAGCCUAUAGCCUGGCCCUCUACAUGCAGAAGAACACAUCAAUGCUGCUGCAGACUUAUCUCCAGUACCAGGGCAGCCCUUUUAGUGACCCUGGCUUCUCAGCACCUGAGCUCCAGCUGAGCAGCCUGCCACCUACCACUGUCUCCUUCAAGACCUGGCAUGCCUUGGAUGAUGGGGAGCGGCUGGGCCAUGCCCAGGGGGACUUCUUGGCUUUGACCCAGCACCUCCAGCUCGUGGGGGAUGACCAAAGCAGCCUGAACUCUGGCAGUCCUAUCCUGCUGGCUCAGCUCAGGGCUGCGAGACUCAGGGCCCAAGGCCUGUUGGGCAACAUGGCUGCCAUCACGACUGCCCUGGGCCUGCCCAUGCCCCCUGAAGAGGACACUCUUGGGCUUGUCUCCUUUGGAGCCUCAGCCUUCGAGAGGAAAUGUCGAGGCUAUGUAGUGACCCGGGAAUAUGGCUACUGGACAGACAGAGCUGUGAGAGACUUGGCUCUGCUCAAGGCCAAGUACCCUGGAUAG